AUGAUGAUAACAGGAAAAGAUGAUAAUAAAGACAUUAAAUUAAAUCAUAAUGGUGGAAAACAUUUCCGUCGUUACUCGUGUGGUGAAGAACGUUAUUUUGCACGUAAUUUUCCAAAUUAUCAUGAAGAAGAUUAUUAUAAAGAUGAAGAUGAAGAUGAUUAUCAUGAAGAUGAAGAAGGAUAUCAUGUAGAUGAUUAUCCUGAGGAAUUAAAUAUUAGCUAG